UAAUUUUAGUAUUUACUAUUUACGUGCGUUGAUAUGCGUGUUAAUAGUUUAUAAGACUCAUGUUAUUGCAACUUAACUUGUAAUUUUUUCUAAUUGUUCGUACAUUUAAAUUCAUUUUUAUUUUCUUAUAUUUUUUGUAAAAUUAUAUUGGGAUUAUGGCUGUUCCGAAUGAGUUAAGUCUAGAAUCCGUCCGUGAUUUCAUGAUUAUGAACAAUGGUAGAGUUACUAACCAUGACCUAGUGACUCACUUUAAAUAUUUUCUAACAAAUCCACAAAAUAGAGCUGAAGCAAGACAUAAGUUUAAAGAAAUUGUUAAUACUGUGGCUACCGUUACUUGUGGAGAAGAUGGAGAAAAGUAUUUAAUGCUUAAACGUCGCUUUCGAGUAGCUGGUUGUAUUGGUUUAUCAUUAGAGCCCUCCAUGAGCACAGCUUCUUCUCUAACUUCACUAACCUCUUAUCCUGGUUUAUCUUCUGUACAUAACUCAUUAUCACAAGAUUCUCUUAUUGACCCUCCUAGAUUUCAACAAAGAUCACCAAUGGUAUCGCCAUCAGCUAGACAACCCCCACCUUAUCGUCCGCCACCUUCUCCUAUUGCAUCGCCUAAGGAAUGCUCACCAACUAAAGAAGCUGCACCACCUGUUCCUCCUAGGCGUAGAAGUUCUGAAAAAAUUAAAUUGACUGAAUUAAGCGACAAUGUUAUAGUAAAUUCUAAGGAUAAUUAUAAAGAAAACGAUCAACCUCAGCAGCCUCAGAUAAGUGUAAAAGACCGAACACAAAAAUUUAAUCGGAUAGCAUCUGAAAAUGCCUUACACUUAGCUAGUCAACUACCAUCGCCAAAUAAGAAGAAAAUAGAUAAGAACGAUAAAGACGAAGAAGACACUAUUUCUAUGACAUCAUUAGAUCCCAAGACUAAAGAAUGGGUCGUAAAAUCAGCAAAAUGUGAUUAUCAAGCUUUAGCAAAACUGGCAUCUGAAAAUCCUCGAAUUGCAAAAUUCAAGGACCCUAUCACUAGCUAUACGGCGUUACACUGGGCGGCGAAACACGGCAAUAUGGACCUGGUAAAAAUGUUGGCCGGUACGUACAACGCAAACGUCAACGCUAAAACGAAUGGAGGUUAUACGCCGUGUCACUUAGCCCUGCAGUUCGGACACGAAGAGAUCUACAAGAUAUUGGUUGAGUCGUACGGAGCCGACCCGAACGUGCGRGACUACAGCGGACGGAAGCCCAGACAGUACCAGACGAACCAGGACACGAGCUUGUCGGCGGACACAUAUCGCAAACUAAACGCCCGAAAACACAAACACAUGGAAAAGGAUCUAAGAUUUCUGAGGAUCGGGUCCCUGAACGUGCGCGUUAAACGGACUACGGAGGCGUUCAGCAACUUCCUGGGCGUCGGACACAACGCGGAAAAGAUUCACAAGACUUGGGGCUCUGCCGACAACAUACAACAGAACGACGCCAAGAGAAUGCCCCCUCCGAAAAGCGUUGCGAUUAAGAAGAGGAAGUCCAAACGGCCACAAGACUUUUUGAGAAGGGCUUCGGCCCCGGCCGACCGGUCACCAGACAAGAGGAAAUCUGCGGAAAUCGUCGUCACUGCAGGAGACUCGGACUCGGACACGGCUUGCGGAUUCGGCACGAAUUGGCAACCAUCGUGAUUGGCGUGUCGUGUUCGCGAUCAKUGUACUACAUGUCGGUCGUUGGUGGUAUAGCUUUGCUUCUGAUUUUGUAGACACUUUUCUGCGGUCGCAACAACAAGAUAGGUAGUGUCACAUACUUUUUCAUUGUUUCAUUCAGUCGUCCACAUCAUAUCAUCACGAUCUACAUUCAACACACCCAAAGUAUUAUUAGCAAUAUGUAUAACAAUCAGUCUGUCAGUCUGUAUACUAGAUAUUAUUAUAAUAACAUAAUAAUARUCUGUUGUGAUUUUACGUCGUCGGUCAGAAGACAUUAUUUUAUUUUUUAAUUUAACUAUUUAUUAUUUUUUUGGGCAAACACUUAACUUUUUUUUAUGUUACUUUAUAACCUAUUGUUAUAACUAUUGUUUAUAACUCACUAACCUGCCGAAUCGAAUGUUGUAUUCAGUUCAGCGGACAAUUUUACAAAAUUUUUUUGAUCUACCUUACUUUUUUACCAUUAUGUUAUUAUAAUCAUAUUAUUACAAACAUACGU